UAGAAUAAUGCCAUUGCUUUUCGUGAUUGCCACGUCUGAACUACAAGUGAUUAACUCGCUCAAAACUUCUAGUAUGAAAAUAAAUUAAGAAAAAGGAGGAACGGCCAUAUUUUUUCCACCCCGAAAUUUGUCAUCCAACCCCUUUGCGGAUAUAGUGGCGGCGGUGUUACUGGAGAUCACCUCUCUGUCUCCUUUAGAGUUGAAAAGUUUUAGGGUUUCAUCAUGUUUCGCAAUUUCGAUACAAAAGGCAGUAAGAACUAUUUUCAUCCCUACAAUACCCGAAGUCGUCGUGGAACCGUUGUCAAGGAAGAACACGCAUCAGCAGGAGUAAUAAUAAAGGAGGAAGUGAGAAUUAAAAGUUGGUUUGAUUAUGUAGAAGUCGGGCCUGUGAAUGUUAUCCCUUCGACUUUACAUAAUGCGAUUCAGGCAGCACUUGGUGCCUGGAAGGAUUGGGAGGCGAAGAAGGACAAGCAGUCUGAAGAAGCGUUGAAAUCUAAAGAGCACGUGGUUGAGGGUAUGACGACUUACUACAAGCAGGAAAAGCUUUGCCAGCUAGCUGGACAUGUGAACCAGCUACUGCAAGCACUCUCGUUCCCAUUAACAACAAGGAAGAUAUCCCUUUAGGCGGCGUUUGUCUGGGUUCCCCAAAAGUGUGUGUACAUGAUUCAGAUUCUGAUGUUCAUUCCGAUAUCUAUUCCGAUUCCGAUGAUUUCCACAAUCAUCGAACCAGGGACCUCCCUCCUAUUAACUCUGUUCCCUUGGAAAAAAAUGAGACUGAAAGUUGGAUGCAAUUCAAAAAGUUAGAUGAAUCCAAUCGUGCACGUGUCAAAGUAAGUCCGGACCUUAUUUACGCAUUGAUCCCAGUUGACAUUCGGCAUCCCUUUGUUAAGCUCAUUGGCAACUUUGCUGUCACUGGAUUCAACAAGUCAUAUGAGAAGUAUAUCGACGAGGGCAAGUGUAGCCAACUCCAUGAUUCUGUAUUGAGGAAGUUUGCAGACCAUAAACUGCACGAUAUUACCUGUUACAAUGUGUAGGGUGAAUUGUGUAAGCUGGGCGGCCUUACUUGUUCUACAUGCUCAUAGAGGCCGUUGAAAAUAGGAUUCGAGGAAUUUACAGAGCCAAAGUUCGGUGCACUUGUGAUGGAGUGAAUUCAUUCCUCACUUUUUCCCAUGUCGAUAGAACAAAGGUUGAGAAGAAACUUCGAAAGAACAAGGAAUUUAAAGUGUUGGGAGCUGUGGAACAAGUUCAAAAUAACAGGGGAUUCAAUCUGUUGCAAGUGUCGCUUCUGAGUAUUGAAAGUGUAGCUCAAGCACCAAGGAUGGCUUUUGUUUCCUUUCCAUUGUCACAGAAUCGAUUCUAUAGAUUAACCUUCCAGCAUGAUCGAAAAUGUCUUCAUACAACUCAGAGGCUUGCUCUUCUGCCCAACGAGUGGCCUUUGUUUCCUACUGUUUCUGCAUAUUUGCAACUUACUCCAGAAAUUCUACAUAAAUCAGUUACCAAUAUAGUUGGGUUCAAUAAACUAAAAAAAUAGUUUAAAGAAAGAAAGUUAGAGAUAUGGCAAGGGGGAAGAUAGAGAUAAAGAAGAUAGAAAACAAUACAAAUAGACAGGUGACAUACUCAAAGAGAAGAAAUGGGAUAUUCAAGAAAGCUCAUCAGCUCUCUGUUCUUUGUGAUGCCAAGGUUUCUCUUAUUAUGUUCUCCAACACUGGAAAAUAUCAUGAGUACAUCAGCCCUUCCACCACGACUAAGAAAAUGUAUGAUAUGUAUCAAAAUACUCUUGGGUUUGAUCUAUGGAGCUCCCACUAUGAGAGGAUGAAAGAGACAAUGUCGAAGCUUAAAGACACCAACAAUAAACUAAGGAAAGAGAUCCGGCAAAGAGUCGUUGGAGACGAUUUAGAUGGGUUGGACAUCAAUGAUCUAACUAUUCUAGAGCAACAAAUGCAAGAUUCACUUAAUGUUGUGCGAGAACGAAAGUAUCAUGUGAUCAAAACUCAAACCGACACUUGCAGAAAGAGGAUCAAGAACUUGGAGCAAAGAAAUGGUCAUCUUCGCCUAGACUAUGACACAAUUAGCCAGUUAGACAAGAAAAGUGGCAUGGUGGAGAACGAGGAACGCUAUGAGUCGACUAUUGCAUAUUCAAAUGGUGUAUCAAAUCUCUAUGGCUUUUGUGCCCAGCCUAAUAACAAUGCCAGUGAGUUAGGAUACGAGCCCCAUGGUCCCAACUGCCAUCUCACUUAGGACUUUAUUUGUGGGGAUGUUAUACAUAUGCUACCUAAAUUAGUUCUUUAAAUUGAUCUUUAGUCUAGUAAUCAAGAAUCAAUAUAUAUGUUAACUAACUAGCUAGUUGAUCUCUUCAGAUCAUACAUAAUGUGACUAUCUAACACUAUAUAUAGAUCUUUUACUAAACA